UCUAUAUUUUUUUUUUUUUUGGUAGCUAAUCUUCUUUGAUAGGAAAUGACCGGGUCUUGUGUCUGCUACUACGGCAUUACAACUCAGAUCUUACUGAACAGGAUGCAAUGAAGCUCGUCGACCAAGUUCAUGUGCGAAGCUGUGACCACGUCAUCAAUACUAUCGCGACGAAUUUUGUAUACAAAAUCAAAGACAACGAAAAGCAUCGAUCUAUUGCCAUUCCUAGCAUUGAAAAUGGCUAUAGAAUGAAUAAUUUUAUUCGGGAAACUCCACUGCGACGGAAAGACUUUCGCGAAGAGGUGGUGCAAAUAGAUGGUAUAAAAAUGCUAGUAGGUAAGGAUGCCGAAAGGGAAUUGGACGAAUUUCUCGACGAGGAUGAGGAACUAGAUACCGUCGGCUCUAACACGGGAGGUGAUGAAUGGCCCGACACAUCUUCGAGGGGUAUAUGGGAUAUUGGGGAGGGGGAAUUAGGAGUGCGCAACUCCAAGGUAGCCAAAGUUGAAGGGGACACAUGCUGGAACGGUGUACUCAAAGGGGUUCAGAGUACCCUGACGUUUAAAGAGGCCAUCGUCCGCUUUACUGAUAAGUAUCAGCCAGAAAGGAGGCAAAUGAAAGGACGGAUCAGUUUGAGUGAGAGGAUCUGGCCACAGGACUGGGCGUGCCUAGAAGAGGUUGGAACUAUUCUAAAAACGAUUGACGACUACAUGAUUCCAUAUGUGGGUAAUGUGGUGGACCUACCAACGGUGAUGGCUCUACUAUACGAACUUAAAGGUCAUUUCCUCAAAUACUAUUCGAUAUUCGACCUUUCGGACUCUACUUUUGACUCAGAAGUUUGUUCCCACUCCAUCAACCCCUCUGAUCUUGGCUAAUUUAAUAUUCACAGACUGACCCCGAGGAUUGCUACUCCAUUCUAACCCCCCAAGCUACCUCCCGACGAUCUCUCCAUACACCAAUUCAAUGUGGUAUGAAACGAAAGAAAUCGGUCGAUGGACCACACGAAGAAGUCGCAGUUGAUCUCGACACGCGACAGAGGAAGAAGACACGUACAGAGAGGAGGACCGAUGUCGGGGAG